AUGGCCCACAGAGUGUUCCUGGAUGUAAUCUUUACAGAAGCAAUACGACAAGAAUUGGGCAAAUAUGGCCCUGCUGAUGUGGAAGACACCACCGGAAGUGGGGCUGCAGACAGUAAAGAUGACGAUGACAUUGAUCUCUUUGGAUCUGAUGAGGAGGAGGAAAGUGAGGAAGCAAAGAAGCUAAGAGAAGAGCGCCUUGCCCAGUAUGAGUCAAAGAAAGCUAAAAAACCUGCACUAGUUGCCAAGUCAUCAAUCUUAAUAGACGUGAAGCCGUGGGAUGAUGAAACUGACAUGGCAAAACUAGAAGAAUGUGUCAGAAGUAUUCAGGCAGACGGCUUGGUCUGGGGCUCUUCCAAGCUAGUACCUGUGGGAUAUGGUAUUAAGAAGCUACAGAUACAGUGUGUAGUUGAAGAUGAUAAAGUUGGCACAGAUAUGCUGGAAGAACAAAUAACUGCUUUUGAAGACUAUGUGCAGUCCAUGGACGUGGCUGCUUUCAACAAAAUCUAA